UAAAGUGCGUUCCCCUGUCAAAGUACUGAUGGGAUUAUGAUACAUUAAACGUGCUUUAAAUCGAUUAAGGAAAAAAACUUCGCCAAUGUUCGGUAUAUUUGGUAUACUACAUACAUACUGUAUAAACACAUGGACAAAUAGGAUGUAGUAAGCACAAUUCCUUGAUAUCAUCGUGAUGUAAAGAACUUCGUCCUAACAAGAUGGGGAAUACAUGCAGACAUGGAACCAAAAAUAAAUAUUUAGAAGAUGAAGAUGGGUCUAGAGUUAACAAGGCGUUUUCAAAAGUGGACGAAAGUCUACAUGAUGUAACUACGAACGCCGAACAAACACAACAGCAAAAAGAAAUAGAGCAACUUACAUCCAACCUACAAGCUGAAAUAGAAUCACGUACUGUGGAUAAUGAGCGGAUGAAAGAAGAAAACACCAGACUUACAAGUCACCAACAGGACACCUAUGACCCUCGCAAGCUCAAUGAAACACACACCGAUGACCCCCGCAAACUCAAUGAAACUGACACCGACGAUCCCCGCACGCUCCAUGAAACAAUUGCACAACUUAAAUCCGAAAUUGAACGUGUCAAAGCCGAGAAUGAAGAGAAAACAUCCGAGUUGUUUAAGAAGGAGGAAGAGAUUUCAAAACUGAAAACCGAGUAA